AUGUCCACUCAAGAUCCCCAGCACAUCGCCAUCCUCGGCGCCGGCAUCAUCGGCCUAACCUCCGCCCUCGCCCUCGUCCACGCUCACCCCUCAGCUACCAUAACCAUAACCGCCAAGCACUUCCCCGGCGACCGCAGCAUAGAAUACACCUCUCCCUGGGCAGGCGCAAACUGGUCCUCAAUGGCGAACGAUAACGGGCCCCUCGAGAACUACGACAGAAUCACCUUCCAGCGAUUUGGCGAGCUUAUGGACGGGCGCAGCGUGCACGGGUGCCAGGUUGUGAAGAUUGGGGAGGGGAACGAAGCAGGUCUCGGCAGGCAAGAGAUGUGGGCGGUGCUGGAUGCGCCAAUCGAGCAGACAAAUUUGCUUACGCCGCAGACGGGGAAGAUCUGGUAUGAUGAGUUGGUGGGGGGAUUGCGGUAUUUGGAUGAGAAGGACCUGCCGGAGGGAGCGGUAUUUGGGCUGGAGUUCCCGAGCACGUUUAGGAUUAACACGCAGGUUUAUUUGCAGUGGCUACAAUCCCAAGCCCUAAGCAAAGGUGUCAAACUAGAGCGCCGAAUAGUCUCUUCCAUCAGCGACCUUCUCUCCUCCCACCCUGCGACAGGCCUCGUACUCAACGCCUCGGGUCUCGGCGCGCUCAACCUCGAUGACGUCCGCGACACGAGUAUGUAUCCGACGCGCGGGCAGACCGUACUGGUUGCCGACCCUAAGACGCCAAUGAAAAGAAUGUACGAAUUUGAUCGCACGUAUUACCGCAGCCCCAAGCGUAUCGAUCCCACGACUACCUACGUAUUCCCGCGCACUCUUGGCGGUGGUGUGAUACUUGGUGGUAGCCGCCAGGAUAACGAUUGGAGCGCUGAGUGGGACUCCGAGCUAGAAGCGCAGAUUCUUGAACGCGCGUGUGCGCUUGCGCCUGAGUUGGGAACACCGAAAGACCUCCAAAUUAUUGCGAGAAACAUUGGAUUGCGACCAAGUCGAAAGGGUGGCCCAAGGAUUGAGAUUGAGAAGGAGCAGAAGUGGAAUGUACCGGUUGUGCAUGCCUAUGGACAUUCGGGCGCUGGGUAUCAGGCGAGCUGGGGAACGGCAGAGAGGGUGCUGGAGUUGGUGCAGAAGGUGCUGAGUCCGAGUGCGAAAUUGUGA